AACUCAAACAUGGGAACCUACGUGGAAACUUUCGCAGGUGGGGAGGAACAUGUCUUUCGUAGCCAGUACUCACCUGUUCCUAUCCCUGACAACGUCACUCUGCCACAAUAUGUGCUCCAAAAUGCUGAACUCUAUGCUGAGAAGGUUGCGUUUGUGGAUGCUGUGACUGGAAAAGGGGUGACUUACAGUGAGGUGGUGAGGGAUGUAGAGAGGUUUUCAAAGGCCUUAAGAUCUCUUGGUUUGAGGAAAGGGCAUGUUGUGAUUGUGUUGCUUCCAAAUGUGGUGGAGUAUGCCAUUGUUGCUUUGGGGAUCAUGGCUGCUGGUGGGGUCUUUUCUGGGGCAAAUCCAACUUCUCAUGUCUCCGAGAUUAAGAAACAAGCAGAGUCUGCAGAUGCCAAGAUAUUUGUCACAGAUAACACCAACUAUGAAAAGGUGAAGGGUCUAGAGCUACCUGUUAUUGUGGUAGAUGAUGAGGUUGUUGAAGGUGGCAUGAAGUGGAAGAAGUUGCUUGAAGAAGCAGAGAGAGGAGGUGAUGAUGAUUUUUGCAAGGAACCUGUUUCACAGAAUGAUCUGUGCGCCAUGCCAUUCUCAUCAGGAACCACAGGGAUGUCAAAGGGUGUGAUGCUGACUCACAGAAAUCUGGUGGCUAAUCUCUGCUCUACACUCUUCAGUGUGACAAGGGAAAUGGAGGGCAUGGUGACCACACUAGGCCUCAUUCCCUUCUUUCACAUCUAUGGCAUCACUGGAAUAUGCUGUGCCACUCUUAGGAGCAAAGGGAAAGUUGUGGUUAUGGGAAGGUUUGAGUUGAAGAAGUUUCUCAAUGCCUUGAUCACACAUGAGGUCACAUUUGCACCCAUUGUGCCCCCAAUCAUUCUCAGCUUGGUCAAAAAUCCCAUAGUUGAUGAAUUUGACCUCACCAAGCUCAAACUCCAAGCUGUUAUGACUGCAGCAGCACCACUUGCACCAGAACUUCUCAAUGCCUUUGAACACAAGUUCCCUGGUGUUUCUGUCCAAGAGGCUUAUGGACUUACUGAGCAUAGCUGCAUCACACUCACUCUUGCAACCAAAGGAUUGGGAAGUGUUCAUAAAAAUUCAGUGGGAUUCAUCCUCCCAAACUUGGAAGUCAAGUUUGUUGAUCCUGACACUGGUCGAUCCCUUCCUAGGAACACACCUGGGGAACUUUGUGUGCGAAGCCAAUGCGUAAUGCAAGGUUACUAUAAACAGGUGGAUGAGACUGCACAAACCAUUGACGAGAAUGGAUGGCUUCACACCGGUGACAUAGGAUUCAUAGAUGGUGAAGAAAAUGUCUUCAUUAUUGAUCGUAUCAAGGAGUUGAUCAAAUACAAAGGCUUCCAAGUUGCUCCUGCAGAGUUAGAGGCCAUAUUGCUGAGCCAUUCAUCAGUUGAAGAUGCAGCAGUAGUGCCAAUACCAGAUGAAGAUGCAGGGGAAAUUCCUGGUGCAAGUGUGGUUUUGAGCCCUGGUGCAAAGGAAAGUGAGGAAGAUAUCAUGAACUAUGUUGCCAACAAUGCUGCACAUUACAAGAAAGUGAGAGUGGUGCACUUUGUGGAAAGCAUACCAAAGUCACCCUCUGGAAAAAUAAUGAGGAGGCUCAUCAAAGACAAGAUGAUUCAAAAGAUGAAGACAAGUUCCUCCACACAAUCUCAGAAUGUCUAA